GAAAGAGAGAAGUAAUCUUUCUCUCCUCUUCUUUUCUCAUCAAACUACUCUGCUAUCUCGUUUUCCUUCGAGCCGUGUGACCUAAUUAGGACGCCGUAGUCUACUUUCGUCGUGCGAGGAAUGCCAGCCUCGCGCUCAAUCAUCAGUUUGUAUUUUCUGCCUUUUGUCGUCAAAAAACCGUUUCCGGUUCCGAAUUUGGUGUCCGUUUGGCGACAUUAGGGUUUCUGGAUUGGGUUUUGGGAGUCUUAGGUGUUUGUGGUGUUUGUGUCAAUUGAAAUUGCUUGUUAGCUAGUGGAUCUGCAGCUGGCUGUGUUUGACGUGAUUUCAUCCUCUGUGUGAUACUUUAGCGACCUUUUCUCCCCUGGCAUCAAUACAAUUUACGUAGGGAUUGAAUUUUGCGCUAAAUUCAGUCGACAUUGUGAAGUACAGUAGUUCUCGUGCUUGCUCAGUUCGUUUCCAUUUCUCAAGCACUUAUUUUAUGUGAUUUGACUACUUUGCUGCUGUUGAUUCUGAUCUCAGAAAGUCAAACUUUCAUUUUAUGCGCCUGCUGCGACAAAGUACUUCGAGUAUGAAAUUAAAGUGAUCUUCGUUCAUUUGUCCUCAGGGUCUCUCUUUCUCUUGCCAGUUCCCUUCUUAUCUGAAGCUAUUGCGAACAUAAUGUUCUAUAUACCUUCUAACUAAGAAGUAAACGUAGUUCAUCUUGCACUUCUGUUCAUUCAUUGCCUUCUAACUGAAGCCACUUACUCUUUUAUUUCAUGUUUAGGUUUUGGCUCUUCAAGAUAGUGCAAUUUAUGUGUGGUAGUAAUAAUCAUAUCGAAUCCAUGGUAGACAAUGGCCCUCUUUAGGAACUAUUCAUCUGAAACAAUAACAAACAGGCCAGCUGAAGGAAAGGUUCAUACUCCUGGUAGAAUGGUUGGAAGCGAGGAUGUUGAUGGGUCUUCGAGUGAAAGAGAAUUCGAUAUGAACAUGGAUCCACGGUACGAAAGUGAGGCUGAACUAGGGGAGAGUAGGAUGCAGAAUGAUGGAGUUCCUGACCAUGAAUCUGGUAACCCUAUUUGUUAUGCAUUAAGUGAUAACAUCCUCACUUGUUCCAGCUGUACGUCGAGUCUCUUGCUCGUUUUCAAGGCGGAUCCCCUUAUAUUUACCCCUUGUAUGAAUUGGGAGAUUUGCCGCAGGCAUUUGCACGGCUGAGUGCAGUCUAUGGUGGUACAUAUAUGUUGAACAAACCUGAAUGCAAGUUUGAUGGUGAAGGCAAAGUUAUUGCGUCACCUCAGAAGGAGAAAUUGCUAAGUGUAAGAAAGUGGUUUGUGAUUCGUCCUACUUGCCAGGAAAGGUUAGAAAGGUCGGGAAAGUUGCAGGGCAAUUGCCAUCAUGAGCCGCCCAAUUCCCAACACCAAUGACUCUCACUCAGUGCAGGUUAUUCUUCCACAAAAGCAGUUGGGUUGCAAAUCAAACAUUGGAUUCAUCGGGGCUAGCUUCAUCAUCAAGAAGAAAGGUCUCAAGAAAGCCGCUGCCACCUCCGGUGUUAGAGCAGGUGUUGGUGGGUAUUCUUAUCUCUCAGAGCCUCUAUGGUGGUUUGGCAUGAUUACCAUGAUUGUAGGAGAAGUUGCAAACUUUGUUGCAUAUGCAUUUGCUCCGGCUGUUCUGGUUACUCCACUUGGUGCACUAAGUAUCAUUGUUAGUGCUAUCCUUGCACAUUUCCUCUUGAAUGAGAAGUUGCAUGCUCAAGGAGUUGUGGGUUGUGUAAUGUGCAUUGCUGGAUCCGUUGUAGUUGUGAUUCAUGCACCAGAAGAGCACCCAAUCAAUUCUGUUCUUCAAUUGUGGAAUAUGGCAACUCAACCCGGUUUUUUGUUUUAUGUUGCCUCAGUGAUUGUGUUGGUUUUCAUUCUUGUCUUCCUUUACGCUCCACAAUAUGGGAACUCAAAUGUGUUAGUUUUCACCGGCAUUUGUUCGUUGAUGGGUUCUCUAUCGGUGAUGAGUGUCAAAGCACUUGGAACUGCUUUAAAAUUGACUUUCGAAGGGAAAAAUCAACUGCUUUACUCAGAGACAUGGUUCUUUACAUUCGUUGUGGCCAUAUGUGUCAUCACGCAAAUGAAUUAUCUCAACAAGGCUCUUGAUACAUUCAACACUGCAAUUGUGUCUCCAAUUUAUUAUGUCAUGUUCACUUCACUUACAAUUCUUGCUAGUGUCAUCAUGUUCAAGGAUUGGGCUGACCAGAAUGCAGGAAAUGUGAUAUCAGAAAUAUGUGGCUUCAUUGUAGUACUCUCUGGAACCAUCCUGCUACAUACUACUAAGGACUUCGAAAGGAGUUCAUCAUUUAAAGGUGGCUAUGCAUCAUCAAUCAACUCUGGAGGCUAUGCACCUUUAUCUCCAACAUUAGCUACUCGGCUCUACAAUGGUAGCAGUGAAUUUACCACACAUGAUGAAGAAGAUGCAAUGCUUGCUGACCAGAUAUCCUUGCAAAGACAAGGGUAGCAUUAGAAGCCCCAUGCUUUUGAAGAAGGCUUCAUGCUUUGAUUUAGUUAGAUAUGCAGCAACUACUUGCAAUCCAACGACCUGGCAGUGGCACUGACCUAUCUCUGGAAAUUUUUAGACAAUGCAGAUUGUGUUUGAGCCGCUGCAGGAUUGUGAUGUCACAAGAAAUAUAGUUCUAUGAUUCGAAUUUGUGGACUUCUGAAGAUGAUGGUGGGGGAGCCCUUACAUUGUUUCUCUAAACUUCCAAAAGAGAAAUGAGAAGCAUGUAAGACAUUGUUGCUUUACCAUCCAGCUUUGCGUGGGAGCUUAUUACAACAUUUGUUUCUCUAAGGUUGGUAGGUUUCACAUUAUCAUUGUUUUGUUGUUAUAAUAUUUGAGUUUGUAUGCAAGCAUUAAUUCCAAAAUUAUAUGACGAGGCCAAGCUGUAGCAUUGUUUGGAAAGUCGAUCAUAAGUGCGACAUUUAUCAUUUUACAAACUUUGGUACUCCAAUUAUGUAAUACUAUUGAGAACAAAUUCUUAAAUGUCCCUUAGUUGAAUGGGGAUCAUGCCAACG